AUGCAGAAGCUCAUCGCCGCCCUCGCCCUCUCCGGCGCCAGCGCGUUCGUCGCGCCGAAGGCCGCGCGCGCCGGCGUCGCCGUCUCGGAGACGAAGGCGGACCUCGAGAAGCUCGCCGUCGAGCUCAACCCCAUCGUGGGCUUCUGGGACCCGCUGUCGCUCGCCGACGCCGAGUUCUGGGACACGACGAACGAGCAGACGAUCGGCUUCCUCCGGCACGCGGAGAUCAAGCACGGCCGCGUCGCGAUGGCCGGCUUCGUCAUUAACGGAGUGGAAAUCAAAUUCCAGGCGCCCCACGCCAUCGACGCGACGUUGUCCCCGUGACCGCGUCGGCUCGAUGGCGUGGAUGUGCACGAAGGUCCACGCAAUAUUUGAAACCUACCUCACCGGUUCAUUUCCACACAGGUGGGCUACUGCCUCCACGCGAACGGCUUCCAGUUCCCGCUCCACAUCCCCGGCGACUACACGACGAAGUCGCCGGCCGAGCUCUGGGACCAGGUGCCGACGAACGGCAAGCUCCAGAUCCUCGGCUUCGUCGCGUUCCUCGAGUUCUUCGGCGAGCUCGGCGGCCGCGUCGGCGCGCCGGCGCACUACAUGCGCGGCGGCCUCCCGGGCGCCUACCCGUCGUUCAAGAAGUACCUCAACGGCGUCUUCCCGCACCCCGUGCCGCUCGACCUCUACGACCCGUUCGGAAUCUUCUCGAACGCGUCGCCCGAGAAGAAGGCGCGCGGCCGCCUCAUCGAGAUCAACAACGGCCGCCUCGCGAUGAUUGGUCUUUUCGGCUUCCUUUCGGAGUCGAAGGUGCCGGGCUCCGUGCCGGCGCUCGGCUCGAUCGUGCUCCCGUACGACGGCGACUACAUGGCGCCGCUUGAGCCGCUCCACUUCCUCAACUAG